AUGGUCGUUCAACCUUUUUCAGUAGAUUUCGCUUACCUCAAAGAUAGCAAAUACUACCCGUUUCAAUCGCAUCACCGAAAGCUGUACGGCGAAGUGGUGAGCUUGUGCGUCAACCAAGAGAUCAGGUCGGACUUUGGGCUGGAAGCAUACGCAGAGAUUGAAUACUGUCAUGAACCUAAUCGUACAGCUGAGCCACUCGAUACUUGGGAUGUAGUUUGUAUUUCCAUUAUCUGUCUGCUCGCAGGGAUGGCAGUUAGCAAGGACUUUCUGUUUUUGGAGGGCUUUCGAUUCGUAACGAUGGCCUCGAUUAUCCUGUUGCACACCAGCAUGGAGCUGGUUCGAGUACCGCUGCAAAACCCGGAAAUUGUCGAAGAAACGGUUUCGAAUCCGGUUAUGGCAGCCAUUGCCCUGCUGACGCCCAAUUUGGUGCAAUGGUUCUUCACCAUCGGUGGGCUUCUGCUGACCGUGAACCUUCUGGACCUGCUCGACAAAGAUCCCAAAAGUGUUGAGCGCUGGUGGAACGUGCUGUGGGACAAGGUGAUCAACCGAUUGAAGCGGAUUCUUCCGGUGUACCUGUUAGUGAUGCUGGUGACAGCUACCUUGUACCGCCGGAUUCAGCUAGGACCACUGCACGAAAGGAUUGUGGGCUCAGAAUCGAAGAAUUGUCGCACAAGUUGGUGGAGCAAUCUGUUAUUUGUGAACAACUACAUCAACGCGAAUGAAACUUGUCUUCGAGCCAGCUGGUAUUUGAGCGCAGAUUUCCAGUUCUAUCUGUUCGGUUUGUUUGCUCUUCUGACGAUGCAUCGAUUUCCAAAAACCGUCAAGUACUGGAUCGGCUUCAUGGUGACGCUGAACUUGGCUGGACCAAGCCUUGAGAUGUGGUUCAGAGAGCUACCCCCACUGUUUACCAGUGCCAUCAGGAUAUCAACACCGUUGUUCAUUGAGGAUGAAUGGUUGGAGCGUAUGUACAAACCGUUUCAUACUAGCAGCGCCGGCUAUUUCUACGGAAUAAUGGCAGGACUACUGUAUCAACGUUACAAAUCCUCUGAAAAUCGCAUGUUGUUCAAAAAGGUCUUGUCAGCAGUCAAACUGCUGGCUAUGUGCUGCCUAGCUGCCUGUUACCUACCGGCACUGUUCAUCUACGAAGGCAAGAUGGACCCUCUAUCCCGGAUGAUGCCAACAUACGGUGCUCUGGUCAAAAACUGCUUCGGCUUUACGGUAGCAGCUUUGCUGAUCAAUAUGGCACUUAACAAAAAAGAUCGACUGAGACAACUAAUGCAGCACCGGUACCUGUUACCCCUGGGAAAGCUAACCUACUGCGUAUACCACAACAACGUUCUGCUUCUGGCGGCAGCAUCCAGUGCUAUUCAAUCGCCUGUUAUCGUCGGUGUUCCAAAGCUGAUUUUGUGCACGGCAAUCACGUUGGUGCUGUCGUACGGACUGGGGUUGGUGAUGUUCUUGCUGAUUGAACAGCCGGUGGCCAAUCUGCUGGCGAGCAAACCGGCCAGUAAAAAGCGUAUUUGA